UUUUUUUUAUAUUCCAGUUUUAUAUAAAGCCUUGUCAUUGUAGCUUAUUAUUAUCUGUGCUAAAACAUGAAGGACUCUUUAACUCUAGUGGUCACUGAGGACUCAAAAACAUCACUUACUUUUGAAGUUAGUUUCAUUUUUUAAUGUUCAGCUCAAGCACGUCAGAGAUCAAUGUGCAGCUCUGUAUAUGUAUGAUAAUCUUAUCUUGUGCUCACAGUGAUGAUGAUCACGUGACCCUAAACCUCUCAUUGGUCGAAAACAAACCGCCAGCUGAACAAAAACGUCUACUGGAGAAAUACUUAUGCCUUUAUAAAUAUACAAGUAAUUGAUAAAACAUUUGUGGAUUUCUAAAGCCAGGAUGGGUAUUGGACACCCUGUGUUUUUGUGAAUUAUAUAUUUAAAGUUAAAAUGUCUGAGACCAUAAAGUGGCAAGACAAAUGUCCUCCGAUUGGCCAGCUUACCAGUACGUUGUGAUUGGCCUGAAUACAUCUGACGUCAGCCGGAAAAGUGACGCUCCUUACCAUAUAUAUCAGCAAUGCUGACAGAAAGAUGCACUUCACUGUGGCAUUAACGGCUCUGGUCUCGUGCUCAGUCUUUGCACGCGUCGAUUGUGAGUCGUACAGAUGCGUGGCUUUACCGUCUAAAGAUCUGAGGGUGAACUGCAGCUCAAGGGGCAUCAGGACAUUUCCUCAACUGCCCGCCAAUAUUACAGAGCUGUUACUUCAACAUAAUCUCCUGACUACAGUAAGAGCGGGACAUUUGGAUUCGCUCUACAACCUGCGGGUGCUUAACUUAUCCGACAACCCGUUCCACUGCGACUGCACGAUCCGCUAUCUGAGUCAAUGGCUGAAGAGAAAUAAAGUGAAGUCCUCUGCGAUGGCGGUGUGUGCCACACCUGACGAACUCAUCCACAGGCCUAUCGACAGACUGACAGAUGACGAUUUCUCAUCCUGCGCCUCUUCUGAGUGCCCUGGGUUGCUUUAUAACAGUGUCUUAUGCUUCAUAUUGUGUAUCCUCAUCGGCUUACUGCUGUGGUGCGUGCAACUAGCGAGAAACUCGACUUUUACACUGGGAAUUGAUGAGAGACACUCGGGACUGGAGGCUGAAUCUCUUCGAUCACUCAAACCCAAACAUCGAGCCAGGAUGAGACGCAGUAUCGGUGGUGAUGACAUGGACAAACCUUUACUGAACAUGGAGCUUCUUCCUCAGAUACUGGACGCCCUUAACAAACAGCACAACAUUAAGAUUAAAGUGCCAUGAUUAAACAAGUGCUCUGUAAAGUGGAUUUCUCUAACAAUGGAUUAAAAAGACUUCCUGAUUUUCCAGGGUUAAACAUCAUUGUUGAUUUACACUCGGAUAACAUUCCAAUCAACCAAUUUUAUUGUUUUUAUAAUCAUCAAAAUUAUUUAUUAUAAAGUAUUUGUUAGCAAUAAAUAAGCAUAAAACUCAUCAAUCUGAAAACACUCUUGAGUUUACACAAGUAACAACAAAUCAAUUCCAACAAAGUGGGAGGACAGGCACUCAUAACUCAUAAUCCAUAGCAAAAUAAGCCUGGAGAGAUGGAGAAGGUGGAUAAAGACAAUGGCAGGGGGAACUGAACUAUUACUUAAGUACAUCAAUGACAUGUGGAGUCCAACAGGGCUCUAUUCUUGCACCGCUUAUGUUUAAUUUGUAUAUGCUCCCUCCCACAUGGUCAAAUAAUAAAAAAGAACCAAAUUGCUUAACACAGCUAUGCAGAUGACACCCAGAUAUACUUAGCCCUGUCACCCAAUGACUACAGCCCCAUUGACUCUCUAUGUAAAUGCAUUAAUGAAAUUAAUUGUUGCAUGCGUCAAACUUCCUCCAGUUAAACAAAGGCAACACUGAGGUCAUUGUAUUUGGAAAUAAAGAUGAAACUCUCAAGGUUAACACAUACCUUAAUGGGGCGGUGAAUUUGUCGAUUUUAUUGUUUUAUACUGUUGUCUGAGGUCUACUUAUGAUGUUCGGGUGGUUUUUACAUUCAAAAACAUCAAAAACAAUAAGUAAUAGGCUAUUUUGUAACAUGGAUUAGUGGCUCUCUGGAGAAAAGCUUCGUUUGAAGGGGCAGGCCGCAUUGAAGACCUGGACGUAAACACCCACUGCUAUGAUUGGACGGCUUCAUUCCCCGUCAUUACAUGUGGGGGAAUGUUAUAAAAACAUUAAUGUGUGAAAAUAGCAGCCGAACACAUAUAUGUUUGAGCCCCAAAAGAUUCUGGGUGCUAAAGAUGAUACACAUAAAUGACAAUACGUAUAGUAAAGUAGAAACAAAACUUUAAACUCGACGUGACUAAAGUACCGUAUACAACACAGUAAACGCGCAUCAGAUUAUAAACUGCGGCUGAUAAGCUCUUAUCAAUAACUUUGUAUAUUUCUAUUGUGCUUGUGAGGUUGCUCUUAGAUACACGUAACGUUACAUACCACAGUUAUAUGAUAAAAAAAGCUUUGGUGAGUGUUUGACCGUUCAAACGCAACUUGCCUAAAUUAUACAACACAGUAAGCGGGCAUCAUAAUCUAAAUUGCGGCUGAUAAGUCCUUCCUUAUCACUACCUUUGCAUAUUUCUACCGUUAAAUUACAAUCGUAUUCUUAAGUGUUGCACCUUUAUUACUCGUUUAAUGUUUUUAGUAAAUUAAAACAGUCAAACAUACGUGUUUAGAUACGGAUGUUACAACAGGACAUAUCAAGCGAUCUCUUCUAACAAAGCAAUAGUGAAACGCAGUAACUUAAAUAAAGUAAAAUGUCUUACUUGCUGUGUCAUGUUCGUCAGAUCCAAUAUUAGUGGUGCUUUUAAUCACAGUCUCUCUGCAAAUCCAGCAUCGACUUGCUUCUUUAAAAGUGAAUCCGCACAGUACACAAGGUAAUCAAACACUCCCCACGCGAGCUGGAACUCUUCAAAAACAACCUUUAUCCACGCAUUCCUAAUGUUAUUUUCCGAGCCUCCGAAUUAAAGUAUUCAGCUUCUGCGUUGUUCCCACGCGGUUCUUCCACAACCCAAGACUUCGUCACCAUGGUAACUCUAUCAUAACAGAUCACCGCGUGAAAAUAAAAGUCUAUCAGAAAAAAUGUAUUUAAAAGUCAUUUUGAUUACAUUUGGCAAUCUUUAAAGACAUGUUUACUGAUUGAGACACACGUGGUGCUUCAAUUCUACUUUGAUGUCAUAUUUCUCCGAAUUCCACACUUGGUUGUAAAACUGGCUUGGUGCCAAAAACUGUUAUAUUUCAGUAGCACGGACGUUUUCAGUUCUAAAACAUGCAGGAUGUUCAUUUAACUAUGAUGACCUAUUAUAUAACAAAGUAUCAAGUUAAAAUUGAGUAUUUGAUUCACCGCUCCUUUAACUCUAGGGGUCUAAAGACACAAAAUAAAGUCAGAAAUCUUGGUGUAAUCUUAAGAGUCUGACCUUCAUUUCAUUAAUGAUGUGAAAGCAAUAAGCAAAUCAGCUUACUACCAUCUCAGAUAUAUUGCCAGAAUUAGUUGUUUUGUCUCAAGACAGGACUUAGAGAAACUUGUUCAUGGUUUCAUCACCAUCAGGGUGGAUUACUGCAAUGGACUUCUUACUGGGAUCCCCAUAAAGACCAUUAGACAGCUGCAGCUCAUACAAAACACUGCUGCCAGAAAUCACAAGAAACAAAAACCACAUCACUCCAAUCAGGUCCUUACACUGGCUUCCUGUUACAUUUAGAAUAGAUUUUAAAGUAUUGUUACUCGUUUAUAAAUCACUUCAUGGCUUAGGACCCAAAUACAUGACAGAUAUGCUAACUGAAUAUAAACCUAUUUUAUAUAAACAGAUUACUCAGAUCAUUAGGAUCCGGUCAGUUAGAAAUACCAAGGGUUCACUCAAAACAAGGUGCGUCAGCAUUUAGUUAGUAUGCCACCUCUAGCUGGAAUCAGCUUCCAGAAGAGAUCAGAUGUGCUUCAACAGUAAACAUUUUUAAAUCUAGAUUAAAAACACAUCUGUUUAACUCUGCAUUUACUGAAUG